AUGUCGGCAGACGGGUGGGACAUCCAACUGAUCAACCAGCCCGCCAACAGCCCCGACAAAAACGUGCUCGACUUGGGAUUCUUCAACUCCAUCCAGUCCCUGCAGGACCGCACAACCCCGACAAGCAUUGACGACCUCGUCGGGGCAGAGAAGGAUGCGUGGAACGAGGACCCGCCGGUCGUGCUGAACAGGGUAUGGCUGAGCCUGCAACCGUGCCUGGAACAGAUAAUGCUUGCGGGAUGA